AUGGAAGCUCUCAAGAGCAGAUUCGCCCAGUGCAAGAAGGAGGGCCGAGCCGCCUUCGUAACGUAUGUGACGGCGGGCUACCCAACCGCCAACGAGACGGUGGAUAUCAUGUUGGCACUGGAGGCCGGGGGAUCUGAUGUAAUCGAACUCGGAAUUCCCUUCACGGAUCCAAUUGCCGACGGUGUCACGAUCCAAAAGGCCAACACGCAAGCCCUCAAGAAUGGAGUCUCGGUCACCUCAGUCCUGCAGAUGGUCCGCGAUGCCCGCCAGAGGGGCUUGCAGGUGCCCGUCCUCUUUAUGGGAUACUACAACCCCAUGCUGAGCUAUGGAGAGGAGCGGUUACUGAAGGACUGCAGAGAGGCGGGGGUGAAUGGCUUCAUCGUCGUCGAUCUGCCGCCCGAGGAGGCCGUCUCCUUCCGCGAGUUCUGUACCAAAGGGGGAUUGUCCUACGUCCCCCUGAUUGCCCCCUCGACCUCCGAAUCCCGGAUGAAGCUUCUCUGCAAGCUGGCCGACUCCUUCAUAUACGUCGUCUCGCGGAUGGGUGUCACGGGUGCGACAGGGACCAUGAACACUGGCCUGCCGGACUUGCUGAAGCGGGUGAAGCAAUACUCGGGCAAUGCCCCCGCGGCCGUCGGAUUUGGUGUCAGUACCAGAGAUCACUUCUUGAGUGUCGCCCAAAUCGCCGAUGGUGUGGUGAUUGGAAGUCAGAUCAUCAUCGUGCUGUCCGAGUCCAAGCCGGGAGAGGGGCCCAAGAAUGUCGAGGAGUACUGCGCAAAGGUUUGUGGACGGAGGAAUGACCCGACGGGAGGCCUCACCCGCGAGGUUGGGAUCGUCGAGACGAUGAGCGUGGCACAAGAGCCAAGUGGAGAGAACGUACAUGUCGACAAGGUCAUCAAGGAAGCAUCGGGUCCAAAUCUGGUAGAUCAAAUCGAGGCGCUGAACACCGAUGGCCCGGUCGAUCCCGCAUCGGUCCCAGCACGAUUCGGCGAGUUUGGCGGUCAGUACGUCCCAGAGUCUUUGAUGGACUGCCUGUCUGAGCUCGAGGAGGGCUUCAACAAGAUGAAGAACGAUCCAGCAUUCUGGGAAGAGUACAGAACCUACUACCCAUGGAUGGGACGUCCGGGCCAACUGCAUAUGGCAGAGAGACUGACCGAGCAUGCCGGUGGUGCCAACAUCUGGUUGAAGCGAGAGGAUCUGAACCACACCGGAAGUCACAAGAUCAACAAUGCUUUGGGCCAGAUUCUGCUCGCCAGAAGAUUAGGGAAGACCGAGAUCAUUGCCGAGACGGGAGCUGGCCAACACGGUGUAGCAACCGCCACCGUCUGUGCCAAGUUCGGCAUGAAGUGCACCAUUUACAUGGGAGCUGAAGAUGUGAGACGUCAAGCCUUGAACGUCUUCCGUAUCAAGCUCCUUGGUGCCACGGUCGUUGCUGUCGAGGCUGGAUCUAAGACCCUCCGCGACGCCGUCAACGAAGCCAUGCGCGCCUGGGUCGUCAAGCUCGACACCACUCACUACAUCCUGGGCUCGGCCAUCGGACCUCACCCCUUCCCAACCAUCGUCCGCACCUUCCAGUCCGUCAUCGGAAACGAGACAAGGGCUCAAAUGCUAGAAAAGCGCGGUAAACUCCCAGACGUGGUCAUCGCCUGUGUAGGUGGCGGCUCCAACGCCGUCGGCAUGUUCUACCCCUUCUCCAAAGACCCAUCAGUCAAGCUUCUCGGUGUAGAGGCUGGGGGCGAUGGUUUGGAUACCGACCGGCACAGCGCCACUCUCUCUGGUGGAACCAAAGGUGUCCUCCACGGCGUUCGCACCUACGUCCUCCAAGACAAGAAUGGGCAAAUCUCCGACACGCACUCCGUCUCCGCCGGCCUCGACUACCCAGGUGUUGGCCCGGAACUCGCAUCCUGGAAAGACAACGAGCGUGCGAAAUUCAUUGCCGCCACUGACUCCGAGGCCUUUAUCGGCUUCAGACUGAUUUCUCAGCUGGAGGGUAUCAUUCCGGCGCUGGAGACGGCCCAUGCGAUCUAUGCUGCUGUCGAGCUCGCGAAGACGAUGGAGAAGGGUCAGGAUAUCGUCAUUUGCUUGAGUGGGAGGGGUGAUAAGGAUGUCCAGAGUGUAGCUGAUGAGUUGCCGAAUUUGGGGCCGAAAAUUGGAUGGGAUUUGAGAUUCUAG